AGCAAUGGCGGAGGCGGAGGGAGUCGCAUCCAGAGUGGACGGUGGCGAUGUUCUACCUCUGCCAAAGGUGCUGCCAUGGACCUCAACAGCUGGAUCCUCCCUCUCCCACUCUGCUGAUGCACAUGUGAAAGUGGAGGACCAAAAAGGCCAAUUAAGUAAUCACUCUAUUUCGACUACUGGGCAAAGUGUGAACUCUGGAACCAAACAAGAUUUUUCUGUGCUUCGUGUUGAUGACAAGCAAAGACUUGCAAAGGAACGUAGGGAGGUACGACAAAAGCAGCAAGCUGCAAGGGACCAACUAUUGCUUGAGAAAGAGGAAAAAGCAAGACAACAUUAUGAAAAACAACUUGAGGAGCGUAAGAAGAAAAUUGAAGAACAGAGACUAAAAGAGGAAAGGCGACGUGCAGCUGUAGAAGAAAAACGGAAGCAAAGACUUCAAGAAGAAAAGGAACGACAUGAAGCAGUUGUACGCCGCACGAUUGAGAGAAGUCAAAGAAUAAAGCAGAAGUCCAAUCGGUGGUCAUGGGGUGGAGCCCUACAAAGCAAUGCAGCAAUCAACCGAGAUGAUGCAGAUAGGCGAUCAGUAUCUACAAUGAACCUUGCAAAAAAUGCUGAUCCUGUCAUUAGCAAGCGGCUGUCAUCCUCAUCUGCAACAUUACUAAAUUCUCCGGACAGAGCUCGACGUUUGCAGCUCAGUCCUUGGGAAAGUAAUAUUGUCAAUCGCCUGCUGACGCCUACUCAUUCGUUCUUAGCCAGGAGCAGAAGUACAGCUGCUUUGUAUGGAAAUGGUCAGGAUUCAGUAUCUGCCAGCUCUAUUGCCCCACCAACUUGUAAGAAUCUUCACAAUAGGACGUCUGACUGGUCAAGGUUCGUAGUUGGCAUACCUGAUGUCAGUGGACAGAAGAAAUCCCCUUAUCAUCCAAAGGUUGACAAAAAAGAAAAAGAGAGAGAAAAUGAAAGGGAGAAGAAUGCACUUGUAGCUUUAACCGCGAAUGCAACAGUGAAAAAGUCAAAUUCUCCUUUAAUCGUGAAACAUAAGUCACCAGUGCCAUCCACAGUCCGAUCAUCAACAAAAGUAUCAACUUCUGCAGUGAAUGAGAAACCUUUUGAUCUGCCACCUGACUCAGUAAAGAGUUCAUUAAACCUGCAACUACCUUCUCCAGGAAAUGUUGGCCCAGUCAAAACUUCUGAGUGUGAGAAAAAGGAUCAAGAGAAAGAAAGACUACAAGAUGAAGAAAAUGCAGAUAAACAGCUUCCUGUCUCCCCUCCAACAGCAUCAGUUAAGCAGCCCAUGUCUGUUGAAGAGUCUGCUACAAAACCAGAGUGUAAAGAAAUUGAUCAAGUCAUACUGUCGUCUACUCCUGGUAAAACCACAGCAGGUACUACUGAUCCAGCAGAAGCUACGAGACUUCUGGCCGAGAAACGGCGAAUAGCACGGGAACAGAGGGAUCGGGAAGAAGAGGAGAAAAGAGAACAAGAGGAGAAAGAAAGGCAAAUGAAAGAAGAAAUGUUCAGACGAAAAUCUGAAGAGAAAGCUCGUCGAGAAGAAGCAGCUCGGAGACUUGAGGAAGAGAGAAAACUUCGAGAAGCACAGCAAAAACUUGAAGAGGAGCAACAAUUUCUGGAGGAAAAGGCUCAAAAAGAAAGACUUGAAAUAGAGCGUUUGCAAAAGCAAAAAGAAGAUGAUGCUCGUGCUAGAGAAGAAGCUGAGAGAUUGCGAAUAGAACGUGAAAAACACUUUCAAAAAGAAGAACAAGAACGAAUGGAAAGGAAAAAGAGGCUUGAGCAAAUCAUGCAAAGAACAAGAAAAUCUGACACUUCUGAAAAGAAGGAUAAUCGUGUAAGUCUAACCGAGCAGAGAAAUGGAGAAGUACAUAAAUUAGCAUCUCUCAAUGAAGCAUCCAGCCAGAAUCCUAACUUAACCGAAGCAAUACCAAAAGUCCCAGAAGAAAUGGUGGAUCAAGAGACAGUAAUUAAAAAUGUGGACAAUAAGGUGGAAUUUGUAGACCAUUCUCAAAUAGAUAAAGCAUGUCCUGCUGCCGAGAAAAUCAUUAGAGAGAAUGGAGUUUCUGUGCAAAAUGAAAACUUUGAAGAUUUUAUUGAUCUCUCACUUGAGAUAAAAGCUACUAGAGUAGCCACAGAAACUAGAAGUGAUAAUUGUCAGGGUAAAGAUGACAUUCCUGUGAAUCCUAUUAUUGCAUUUGAGGAAAAUGGAUCUGUGGAGUUAUUGACCAAAGUAGAAAGCAUUCAAACUCAUCAAACAACAGAGGUGAUUUAAGAACAUUGAGCAGGAAUAACAAAGUGUGAUGUUCAGUAAGCACAGUCACAGCAACUGGAUUUCCAUUUGUUUCACAUCAUGAGGGAUUGAAGUGCCACCAUUUUGCUAUCCAGCAUCUAAUUUUUAAAAAGCUAGAAACUAGCCGCAACUUUGAAAAUGGAAAUAUGAACUUGAGAUGUGGUUAGCGAGGAAUUCAUCAUUGCUAACUGAACAUCUAGUUAACUCUGAUCACUGGUUAAUCAUGCUUAGUAUGCAUUGUAUAUAAACUGCUUUUCCAACAUAUUCCUUCAGGAAAUUGACAUUCUUCUACAUAAUAUGACAAAUGAGAAUGACAAAUUUGUGAUGGUGAAGGGCAGUACUUCAAAACUAGCAGUACUUUCACUUUUCAGAAACCUAUUACUUGAAUAAGCCUGGUUGCGCUGAACAUAGUUGGUAAUGAGGCCGUAUAGAUAGAUACUUAAACCAAUUGUUUAAAUAUGGCAUGGAGAGUUCUGCCAAGUUCUCUGUAAUCUCAUAAAUGCCAUUUUAGAUACUUCUCUAUUGUCUCCAAUUCAGAAUUUUAUUAACACCAGGUCUAAUAGAAAAAUAUCGAAAAUAGUGUGUAAUUAAUUGGAUCUAAUGGCAAAUCUGUGAAUAAUUAAUAAAGGACCUGUUGCACAACAGUUGUUGUUUACCACAAGGAUACUUUGAGGCACAUUAGUUAUGCCAGUUAGAUGUCUCAAACCGUGUAAUGAUCUGAUGAGAAGACACUUGAAAUUUACAUGAUACAAGUUAAAUAUGACUAGUUUUCAAUUGCCACAUCAGAUCAUGAGAUUAACUAAAAGUGAUUUAUGAAGUCUUAAUUUGUGCUUGUUUCAGAGCAAGAAACUGGAUUUGUACCUGGAGUUUGAGAUGGCAUUCCUUCUGUGACUUUCGAGCACUAGAUUUUGAGUCUUUAAAUUUAACUCCUUGGUAAUUUACUGCGCAAAUGAAGCUCAUAACUCCAUUUCAUGUUUAGAUCUUGCUGCUACAGAGCAUGACUGUAAAACCUUGCACUUUCUCCUUGAGUAGUAAAAUUAUUGCAGACAAUACUAAAUAUGAUCAGAAUUCAGUUUUUUUCUCUCGAGAAUUAUGAUUAAAAUACUUUGCGAGAGUCCUUUAUUCAUAAGUGAUCAUUACAGGAAAUAAGUAUAUAAAAUAGGUUAAUUUAAAACCAGCUGGUGUACAUUUUGUGAUAAAUGAAAGGCUGGAUCUAAGCUUUUAAAAUCUUCAUCCAUCCACAAGUAUAAAAAAGCCAUUUAGCAUUUGUUCAGUAAUCAUUGUAUAGCGGCAUAUUCUGUUCGCUUUCAUUUUUUCUGUAUCAUCUAUUCAUCCAUGUAUAUAGAAAUUAUUUAAAAAUGGGGAAGAAUCUUUACAUUUUCUUUAGCUUUGUUUUAAUCUGUAUAGAUGGGUGUACAAAAAUUCUUUUGAGUUAAUAUUUUUAGAUUCUAAAUUGGUUUUCAGUUGUAAUAUGAUAAUUGCCACACUAAUCAAGUGUGUGUUUUUUUUGCUGAUUUACUUUUACCAGUGGAAUGUUCUGAAUUGAUUUAUUUUCUACUGCAGAGUCUAUUCUUAGUGGUUCAGGUCUUUGUACUUCUUUCCUGCCUAAUUGCAAUACAAAACAAUGAACUAAAUGAAUUUUGUGUUUGUGAAUACAUUUGGCCAAUAAGCUGGCUUCUCGUACGAAAGGCACUUGAGUGAAGGCUCAGAAAAACCUGCUUGAUUUUGAAAGAAAAAUGCUCCCUUGUUUUCCACUUUCUCUACAUUUCCCAACUUACCCAACUUUUGUAGUUCCAAAAGAUGUUCCUCAAAAUUUGUUGGAGACAAGUUGAUGACUUGCACAAACAAAUGCAAUAAAAUAAUAGUUUCUGUAA